AUCAGAUGUAGUUUUCUUUUUUCGUAAAUCCGAGCUUUACAUUGGCGUCUCUGCUUUUCCCUCACUCUCUGUUAGGGUUUCAGAGUCGCCGCACCUUUCUUCUUCUUUUCCAUCGGAUUGAUCAAUCGCUUGCUCACCGAGUCGACUCUCCAACUCGAUUCAAAUGGCAAUGGAGGUCACUCAAAUUCUUUUAAAUGCACAAGCAGUAGAUGGAACUGUGCGCAAGCAGGCAGAAGAAAAUCUAAAACAAUUUCAGGAGCAAAAUCUUCCAAGUUUCUUGCUUUCUCUUGCUGGGGAAUUGUCCAAUGAUGAUAAGCCUGUUGAGAGCCGUAAAUUAGGAGGCUUGAUUCUUAAGAAUGCCUUGGAUGCCAAAGAACAGCAUAGGAAACUUGAGCUUGUGCAGAGAUGGUUGUCAUUAGACACCUCUGUGAAGGCCCAGAUCAAAGCAUGUUUGUUAAAGACCCUCUCAUCUCCUGCUCCUGAUGCUCGAUCAACUGCAUCACAAGUUGUUGCCAAGGUCGCUGGUAUUGAGUUGCCGCAUAAACAGUGGCCUGAACUGAUUGUAGCACUCUUGUCUAAUCUUCAUCAGCUACCGGCUCAUACAAAGCAGGCAACACUGGAAACUCUUGGGUACAUCUGUGAAGAAGUGUCCCCAGAUGUGGUAGAUCAGGAUCAAGUUAACAAGAUACUUACAGCUGUAGUUCAGGGUAUGAACUCCUCUGAGAGUAACAAUGAUGUUAGGCUUGCUGCUACUAGAGCUUUGUACAAUGCUCUAGGUUUUGCUCAGGCAAACUUUUCCAAUGAUAUGGAGCGUGAUUACAUCAUGAGAGUUGUCUGUGAGGCUACUCUUUGUCCAGAGCUGAAGAUUCGACAAGCUGCUUUUGAGUGUUUGGUUGCCAUAUCUUCAACCUACUAUGAGAAGUUGGCUCCUUACAUCCAGGAUAUCUUUAACAUCACCGCAAAGGCUGUGAAGGAAGAUGAGGAGCCAGUCGCUCUUCAAGCCAUUGAGUUCUGGAGUUCAGUCUGUGAUGAGGAGAUAGAUAUUUUAGAAGAAUACGGAGGUGAAUUUUCUGGGGAUUCUGAUAUUCCCUGCUUUUACUUUGUUAAGCAGGCACUCCCUGUUCUUGUUCCCAUGUUAUUAGAGACACUGCUUAAGCAGGAGGAGGAUCAGGAUCAAGAUGAAGGGGCCUGGAACAUUGCAAUGGCUGGAGGCACUUGCUUGGGUUUGGUUGCACGGACAGUUGGAGAUGAUGUUGUUCCUCUUGUAAUGCCAUUCAUAGAAGAGAAUAUAACAAAACCAGAUUGGAGGCAAAGGGAGGCUGCUACUUAUGCCUUUGGUUCCAUUCUGGAAGGUCCAUCACCUGACAAGCUCAUACCACUUGUUAACAUUGCCUUGAACUUCAUGCUCACUGCCCUUAUGAAAGAUCCAAAUAACCAUGUGAAGGACACUACUGCUUGGACUCUUGGAAGAAUGUUUGAAUUUCUGCAUGGGUCAGCUUUGGAGACACCCAUAAUUACCCAGGCAAAUAUCCAACAGAUCAUUACAGUUCUGCUUCAGAGCAUGAAAGAUGUUCCGAAUGUUGCUGAGAAAGCAUGUGGUGCUCUCUAUUUCUUGGCCCAGGGUUACGAGGAUGCAGGAUCUUCCUCUUCUCCACUAGCUCCUUUCUUCCAGGAAAUUGUUCAAGCUCUUCUCACUGUGACUCACCGAGAAGAUGCUGGAGAGUCACGCCUCCGCACCGCAGCCUAUGAGACUUUAAAUGAAGUUGUGAGGUGUUCUACUGAUGAGACAGCUCCAAUGGUAUUGCAACUAGUUCCUCUCAUUAUGAUGGAGCUUCACCAGACUCUUGAGGGGCAGAAGCUCUCAUCCGAUGAGAGGGAGAAGCAGAAUGAAUUACAAGGCUUGCUCUGUGGUUGCUUGCAGGUCAUUAUACAGAAGCUGGGGUCAUCUGAGGCAACAAAAUAUGUCUUCAUGCAGUAUGCUGAUCAGAUGAUGGCACUCUUCUUGAGAGUAUUUGUUUCUCGAAGUGCCACAGCGCAUGAGGAGGCUAUGCUUGCUAUUGGAGCUCUUGCUUAUGCAGCAGGAGCUGAUUUUGCAAAAUAUAUGCCGGAAUUUUAUAGGUAUUUGGAAAUGGGUCUUCAAAAUUUUGAGGACUACCAGGUUUGUGCCAUUACAGUUGGUGUAGUUGGGGAUAUAUGCAGGGCAUUGGAGGAUAAGAUAUUGCCUUACUGUGAUGGAAUAAUGACUCAGCUACUCAAGGACUUGUCAAGCAACCAGUUGCACCGAUCUGUAAAGCCUCCCAUAUUUUCAUGCUUUGGUGACAUUGCUUUGGCAAUUGGGGAAAACUUUGAGAAGUACUUGAUGUAUGCUAUGCCCAUGCUUCAAAGUGCAGCAGAGCUCUCAGCCCAUAUAUCAGGUGCUGAUGAUGACAUGUUAGAGUAUACCAAUUCUCUGAGAAAUGGAAUUCUAGAGGCAUACUCGGGGAUCUUUCAGGGAUUUAAGGGCUCUUCAAAGACACAGCUAUUGAUGCCUUAUGCGCCUCACAUUCUCCAGUUCCUGGAUAGUUUAUAUAUGGAGAAGGACAUGGAUGAUGCGGUGUCUAAGACAGCAAUUGGGGUCCUUGGAGAUCUAGCUGAUACCCUGGGUAGUAAUGCAAGCCCCUUGAUUCAGCAAUCUGUGUCAAGCAGAGACUUUCUAAAUGAAUGUUUGUCGUCAGAUGACCAUUUGAUUAGGGAAUCUGCUGAAUGGGCAAAGUUGGCCAUCAGUCGAGCAAUUUCUUUUUGAGGUGGCGUCUACAUCGUAUACUCUAUUUCUUGCAUGCAAUUGGGUGUGUUGAGUCGGGGUCUGGGAUUGCAUACAAUGAGUCAGGUCGUCACCAUUUUUGGGCACAGAUGCGUUCGGCUGUCAGUGUUUCACCAGCAGCCCGGAGUCGGUGAUUUUGUAAUUGGUUUCAUUUUAGUUUUGCAUUGUCAUUGAGGAAGUCGGCGGUGAUGACCCAUACAUUUCUGCUAGCUUAGCAGAAAAAGUUGGAACUAUUACUGAAGCAGUUAAAAAACAAGUUAAUGGUAUGGGAGGAAUGAGAUAGGAGAGGCCCCAUCACACCCUGCCGCAUCCUAUGGGCUAGUGAUAGCAGUUCCAUUUGUUUGGAGUCUAUGGUGCCGAAGAGUCGAGUCAGUUCAGGAGCUGGGGUGGGGGCCCUUAGCAGCUAUGUAAAAGCCUGCAUUUUCUUAUCCCUUGGCCUUACUUUUCUUUUCUUCCCUCACCAAAAUUUGGUGUCUUAAAAGUAUUGCAUUGUUACAUGUCAAUUUUCAUAGAGUCGGGUAUCUUGCCUUUUGUACUCAUGUAUACUUGCUCAUUAUGUCGGAUUGAUGGCAACAACAUAGUAUUGGGUUCAUGCAUCAAUCAUAUUUCAUCAUCGUAUUUACUGUAGUUGUUUAUUUAGUUGAUGUUCCAUAGCUUGCGUUUAUUUGCUCCUUUUCUGCCUUAUUAUGGCCGUUCUUUUUGUAUAGCUUCGCAGUUACUUUUUGGUUUGGUUACCGGGAACUGAUACAAGUUCCAAAAUUUUGGAGUUUCAGUCUUGUAUUGUCAA